AUGAAUAGUUAUUAUUAUGAUGAUGAUGGACCAGACGAUGGAUCUGACAAACAAAAGAGUAGAAGAAGAGCAAGUCAAAAUCAAGCAAGUAGAAAUUAUCGUCAAAGAAAAAAAGCCUAUGUCCACGAAAUUGAAGACAAGUUGGAAAAUAUGCGUCUUGAAAUGGAAAGAUUAAAACGAGAAACUAGAGAAAGUAAAAUGAUUGCCAACAAGUUGCUCAAAGAAAAUGCAAUGCUUAAAAAUGGUAAACAACCAACUCAAUCUGAUAUUCCAGGUUGUACGGGUGAGGAAGAAGAACAAGAAGAUCAAUUUGAUCAAGUACUCAAUCCUCCCAUUCCAGCCGAAGAAUUGGAUCUUUCAAUCCUUGUUGAAAGAUUGGAAUUUAAUACAAAAUCUCAACCUCCUGACCAAUCUGACCCUUUACAAUUUAAUUCAAUUACAAAUACUCUAAAAUUAUUUUAUCAAGCAUUAAAAUCAAGACAUGAAAUUUAUACAGAUCAAAUGAAACAAAUUAUAAAUCCUUGUACACAAGCAAAAUUGGCAUUAUUUGAAGGUGAUAAUCCACAACCAGUAGUUUGUAAUGUAGUACAACAACAACAACAACAACAACCACCAACUCCAACUACAGCAUUUGGUGAUCUUGGUACUCCAUCUUCUGAUAUUGUUCCAUCUUCUCCAACUGGUUGGACUUCAACUGUAAAUGAAAAAUAUUCAAGAUGGUGGUCAAGUUUUAUUGAAGAAGCUACUAUUAAUGAGCAUCAAAUUUUAAUGAUCAAGGAACUGAGACAAGAUUGUUCAACAAGACAUCAAUCAUUGAUAAAAGAAAGACAACAAUUAAAAAGAGAUGUUAGAGAUUUUUAUCAUGCAAAGAUUUUCAAUUUUGCCAAAAGAAAUCGUGGUGGCGAUGAUUUGAAUCAUACACCAAGUACACCGGGAUCACAAAUUGGUAGUGUACCAGGUUCAGAUGAUUCAAUGAUGGUGGAUAUGAACAAAACUUCAUAUAUUGCAGCAUUGGGUGCUCUGUUGGAUGGUAUCAAAGAGAAUUUGGAAAAUGAAAAACAAUUGCUCCUAGAAGUGUAUCAAAAGUUUUCAACCAUUUUAUCACCCUAUCAAGAGGCAAUGUUGAUUGUAAAGGUUUACAAUAAUAUUAGUCAAGGUGAUGAUUACAAUCAACCAUCAAACCUUCAAAUGCUUCAUUGUAUCUGGGAUGCAAUCAAUAUCUCGGAACAAGAAGUUGUACAAUCUACUCCUCUACAAUCUGCUAGUAAUAAUAGAUACAAUCAACCAAUAGCAAAAGGAGUACUACCAAAUAGUUUAACAUCAAUACGAUUUGGAGAUAGAUAUAAUCAACGAAUAACAAAAGGAGUACUACCAAAUAGUUUAACAUCAUUGCAAUUUCGAAAUCAUGAUAAUCAACCAAAGGGAGUAUUACCAGAUAGUUUAACAUCUUUAAAAUUUGGAGAUAAAUAUAAUCGGUCAAUAGCAAAAGGUGUAUUACCAAAUAGUUUAACAUCAAUACAAUUUAGAAAAUACUACAACCAACCAAUAGCAAAAGGAGUACUACCAAAUAGUUUAACAUCAAUACAAUUUGGAGUGCACUAUAAUAAACUAAUAACAAAAGGAGUACUACCAGAUAGUUUAACAUCAAUACAGUUUGGAGACCAAUUUGAUCAACCAAUAGCAAAAGGAGUACUACCAAAUAGUUUAAAAUCAAUACAAUUUGGAGACCAAUAUAAUCAAAAAAUAGAAGGAGUAUUACCAAAUAGUUUAACAUCAAUACAAUUUGGGGAUCAAUAUAGUCAACCAAUAACAAAAGGAGUACUACCAGAUAGUUUAACAUCAAUACAAUUAGGAUAUUAUAAUCAACCAAUAACAAUAGGAGUAUUACCACACAGUUUAACAACAAUACAAUUUGGCUACUAUUAUAAUCAACCAAUAGCAAUAGGAGUACUACCAAAUAGUUUAACAUCAAUACAAUUUGGAGAUCAAUAUAAUCAACCAAUAGAAAAAGGAGUAUUACCAAAUAGUUUAACAUCAAUACGAUUUGGAUAUAGAUACAAUCAACCAAUAACAGAAGGUGUGUUACCAAAUAGUUUAACAUCAAUGCAAUUCGGAUAUUAUUAUAAUCAGCCAAUAGCAAAAGGAUUACUACCAAAUAGUUUAACAUCAAUCCAAUUUGGAGACCAAUAUAAUCAACCAAUAACAAAAGGAGUACUACCAAAUGGUUUAACAACAAUACAAUUUGGAGAUCAAUAUAAUCAACCAAUAACAGAAGGAGUAUUACCAGAUGGCCUAGUUUUAUUACGAUUUGGCCAAGAAUAUACGCAAUUCACCUCCCUUAAUAUUGUCCAACUUGAAACAUUGGAGUUUGGCAACAAAUAUAAUCAUGACAUCGAUGCUAGUUUACUACCAUCACUCAAGUCAUUGAAACUUGGACAAUCGUUCAGAGCCACUUUAAAAGGGGUGUCUCCAUUGUUGCAAAGCCUAAAUUUGUCUUCCGAACCAGCCAUAUUUUUUUCUGGCAUACCAAAACAUAUUUCAGGUCAAGCCCUAGAUAUUUUAGAGAACAAAAGAAUGACAGUACCCCUAAGCUUUUCACUUUUAAAAGAAACUGGGUCCUCUUCUUUUUCUAUUCAAAACGCAACCGAGUAUGACUUGACGAUACUAUUAAUAGGUCCAGAAGAAAAACUCUCUCAUAUUUUUUUGGCAAGAGGCGAGUCAGGGUCGAUUCAAAGUUUGGACAAAUUGGCAAAAGUAUUCCUAAAAGUUAUGGUUUUGUAUAGUUCUUUUCAGUUUGUGAACGAAUUUAAGUGCGAGAACAGGAACAAGGUCACUAUUCGCUCUCAAAUGUAUGCCGAUUAUGUUCCAUUACAAAACGGUCCUAAAUCAACUUUAAAACAUUAUAGCACAGAAUUGUUGGAAUUUAAGCAAAAGAAAUACAUCAUUUUAUACAAAUUUGGGCAUACCUCCAAUCAAGUUUAUUUAGUUUUAAACAACUCCCAAAUAAGUGUCUGUAAAAUAGUAAAAUAUGGAAACUCUCAACAUCAACAAAUGUUGUUACAAAAAGAAGUUGAUAUAAUGAAACUAUUUAUCAAUUAUGAUAAUUUUGUUCAAUAUAUCGAUCAUUUUGAUGAUGACGAUAACAAACAAUUUUAUAUUGUCACCAAAUAUUGCACCUGUGGUGAUCUGGAACAAAUUAUUAAAAUAGCUGUUCAAGAUAAAAAGUCUAUAGAGGAAAGUACAAUAUGGUCUUACAUUUCACAAGUAUUCAAAAUGUUGGAACAACUUGAAAGCAAAAAUAUUCUCCAUUUAGAUAUAAAACCUUUGAAUUUAUUUAUUGGCGAAAAUGGACAAUUGGUGCUUGGUGAUUUUGGUGCAUCAAAAUAUAUUUCUGAAACACAAAAGAUCUUUAGAGACGCCAAUCAAAUUUAUAAGCUUAAAGAUGAGAAAGAAAAUUCUAUUGAAGCCAAUAGCUUCCGUAGUAGUGUUCACGGGACUGAGGGGUACCUAUCUCCGGAGGCUACACUUAGACAAUAUGGAAAACUGUCAGAUAUUUAUUCUCUUGGAUCAACUAUUCAUAAAUUAUUAUGUUGUCACCCAGACGAUAAUAAAAAUAGAAAGUUAUUUCUAGAGAAUAAGCAAAUUAUAAUUUCCUCUGAAAGAUAUUCAAGCAAGUUGAUAGGAUUUGUCAAGAAAUUAUUAGAGCCAAAACAAGAAGAUAGGGUAUCCCUUGAAAAAACACUGGAAGGAAUGAAUAGUAAUGACACACUAUUGGUAUAUGAACUAUCCAGUCCUAUCAAAGAACCAAUACCCAACAAUAUAACAGAGUUGGUUCUUAUGGAUUAUAAUCACCCAAUCGAAAAGAUCAAUCUCCCAAGUGGUCUUUUAAAACUCAAGCUCUUGGGAUCAUUUAACCAGCCAAUUAAAAAAGAACCAUCAUUGCCAAUGCUUUGGAUGUUGGUUUUGGGACAAUCAUUUAACAGUCCGAUAGAACAAGAUGCACUUCCGACGAGCUUGGAAAUUUUUGUUUGCUCUAAUAAGAAAUUAAACAUCGAUCUAAACCCAAUUAUAACAACAUUACCAAAACUCAAACAUCUUACCUAUUACCGAAAUUUAAUAGAUCCACCACCACCAACAUCACUCAUUAGUUUAACAACAACUAACCGAUACAAUAUCGAUCGAAAAAAUGUCGAAACCUAUAUCAAUUGUGAUGGUUGUGCCUACACAUCAAUGACCAAAUUUAUACCAGAGUAUUUAUGUAUUAAUGAUAUUACAUUGGUCAUUGGAAACAAACAAUAUGGUCUAGGUUAUAUACAAAUGCACAAUGAACAAUUAAAGUGGAUUUCACCAACCAAACAGACUCAAUUUACAAUAUUUCUUGGUACAAUUCGAGUGGUGUCAUUUAGAUCAGAGUCACAUAUUUACUGUCAAAUAGAUAAAAAACAUUUCAAACAUGAUAAUCAAUACCAAUUAAAUGAAGAUUGUGGAGUUGACUGUGAUCCUGAAAUCAAUAAUCUAUUCCACCACAAAUUUGAAAAUGAAAAUAUACAUGGUGUAUUCAAUGAUCAUAUGUAUCUUAAUAUUAGAUUUAUUCAAAAUAGACAUUCGACUAAUAUUGCCCCUAAUAAAUGGAUCGAGGGAGAACAAUACUUGUCAUCACCCUCCAGUAUCCUAUUUGUUAAUCAAACAGACAAAGAUUUAAUAGUCUGUGUUCAAGAUGACCCAACAGAUUACACCAAGGAGGUUUAUCACGAAUUGGGUAUGGAAAAUGAUGGGGCACGAAAUCAUUGUCAUGUAUCAUAUCGAUCAUUGGAACUGAAUGGAAAAGAGACACUCUAUUUUAAUGUAAUCAACUCAACAAUUUGGUAUUCAGUAUUUAUUCUAAAAUACAAUAUAAAACAAGAGCAAUCGUAUUAUUGUAUUUACAAAGGCCAAACCAAACUUGACAAAUAUGAUCGUCUCACAGAUAUCACCUUUUAUCAAAACAAAACAAUAAGUCAUAAUAAUUUUGGUAUUAAUAACCAAAUAGAAAGUAUUUAUGUUACACAUGUUGACCCAUCAAAGACUAUUAAUUCAAAAAGCCAUUUUAUGUAUCUUUUAGAAACAAAUCAAAUUAUUAAUAAAGAAUAA